AUGGAUUUGCAAGAAUCUUCAGUUAAGAAUCUUGUAACGAAGGUUAAACAAGAUCUCUUAGCGUCAUCAAAAGUUGAUGUUUAUUCUCUUGUGCCUCCUUCUCCUUAUGACACUGCUUGGCUCUCAAUGGUUUCCAACCCUCAUCAAUCAGAUCAACCAUUGUUUCAGGGGUGCUUGAAUUGGGUGCUCCAACACCAAAAUAGAGGAGGCUCCUGGGGUGAGAAUAUUGCUCAUCCCACCAUAGAGUGCCUCACUUCAACUCUUGCUUGCAUUGUUGCACUUACCACAUGGAAUGUUGGCCAUGAUGCCAUUCAGAAAGGGUUGGCAUUCAUCCAUGCAAACACAGAGAAGCUCUUGGAAGAGCAGAACGGUUCUUUUCUUGAGUGGUUUGCAAUAGUUUUCCCCGCAAUGAUUGAACUUGCAGAAACCAAAGGCCUACAUGUUUACUUUUCUAAUGGGUCAGCAGCGCUGGUAGAACAAGUCUUCCUGGAGAGACAACAAAUAUUCAAAACGAAGAGCUGGGUGUCUGGUUGUGAUCAGCAACAGUAUUAUCCAGCACGCAUGUUAAAAUAUCUUGAGGACGGGUUAAUCCAAUCCCCAUCAGCCAUUGCAUAUGCUUUCAUGAAGACAGGAAACAAGGAGUUUUUGGUGAAAUUGAAUUCUAUUGUCCAAACAUGUGGCUAUGGAGUUCCUGCGGUCCCCUUUGAUGAAGACCUUGUAAAGAUUCUUCUAAUUAACCAAAUUGAGAGGCUGGGGCUGGCGGAGCAUUUCAUGGAGGAGAUUACAAGUCUGCUGGGCCAAGUUUACAGAAGUUACAUCAGCUGCGAAGAACCAAAGAGUAUGGCAAAGCAUGCGUUGCCACUACAACUCUAUACACAUUCUCUCGCAUUUCGACUUCUAAGACUACAUGGUUAUAGAGUUUCUCCUGAGAAGUUCUGCAGGUUCCUCGAGGAUGAAGAUAUAGUGGCGUACAUAGAAGAGCAUCAUGAGCCUUUUUUGAGUGCCAUGUAUAACGUAUACAGGGCAACUGAUGUUACUUUUAUAAGAGAAAAUCAGCUUAAGGAUGCCAGGGCAUUCUCAAGAAGAAUACUACAAAAGGAAACAAUAAAAGACUCUACAAAUUUGCAAGAACAGAUUAAGCAUGAACUUAGUAUCCCAUGGCUUGCACGGUUGGAUCAUCUAGAGCACAGGAGGUGCAUUGAGUGGAAAGAAACUCUUGGUCCAUGGACAGGAAAUGCCUUAUCUUAUAGAUUACUAUCAUGUCAAAGCAAUGCCACGCUGCUACAACUUGCCAUUGAGAAUUAUACACUGAGACAGUCCGUAUUCAGAAAUGAAUUGAAGGAGUUAGAAAGGUGGUCAAAGGACAUGGGUCUUGCUGACAUGGGGUUUGCUCGACAGAAAACUACAUACUGCUAUUUUGCAGUUGCUUCAACAGCAUCGAACUCUUCCCUUUCAGAUGUACGGCUGGCACUUGUGAAAGGUGCAAUUCUUGUUACAGUUGCUGAUGAUUUUUUUGACAGGGAAGGUUCAAUGGAUGAAUUGGAUGCUCUUGCCAAUGCCAUCAACAGAUGGGAGCCAAAAGGCCUGACUGGACAUGGCAAAACUAUAUUCAAUGCUCUCAAAGACCUUGUUGAUGACAUUUCUGGGCAAUUCUUCAAUAAAAAUGGAUAUGACAUAAAGGCAUAUCUCCAGGAUCUAUGGUGCCAAACAAUUGCAAGCUGGUUAAAGGAAGCUGACUGGAGCCGAAAUGGGCAUGCCCCAUCAACAGUUGAGUACCUCCAAGUGGCCACAAGCUCUAUUGCUUCACAGACCAUUCUUCUUCCAGCUGCUUUUCUGCUUAAUCCACCUCCAGAAAUAGACAUCCUCAAGUGCCCUCAAAGGCAGACACUUACAAAUUCACUUAUGCUUUUGACAAGGCUUUUGAAUGACAUUAGAAGCUACCAGAGGGAGCAAGAGGAGGGAAAGCCAAACCUUGUUCUGCUACACAUGAAGGAAAAUCCAAAUUUGGGGGUUGAAGAAUCAAUAGCAAUUGUACAGAAGACAUUGGAUGAAAAGAAGAAAGAGUUUCAAGAACUGGCUCUGAGUAGUAAUGAAAUGCCAGAAGAAUGCAAACAACUUCACCUUCACUGCCUCAAAGCAUUUCAGAUGUUUUUCAAUUCUACAAAUGCAUUUGACUCCCCAACAGAGUUGCUUGCUGACAUCAACAAAGCAAUUUUUGAUCCCUUGAGAGUGGAAGAUGUGCAAGGAUCAUUUAUGCCACUCAACUCUAUGCAAGGCAUUCUUGGUUUGAAGAAGGAUAAAAGUUUGGCUAUCCAUGGCAAAUCCCAUUACAGCUCUUCUAAGCCCUGUAAUGGGAUUUUUGAGAGCACUUGUGCUAUCAAAGUCCAAGGGAACUCAAGGAAAGACUUGGUGACCAAGCCUUAUUCUAGAAUCUUAUCAGUAAAGAUGAGAAACCCAAUUAUUUAUACAACCUUUUCAAAGCCCAAAGCUUACAUCUAAAGCUUCCUUUUAUGUGGGUUCCUUUCUUUAAUUUAUGUGUUUCCUUUCAAAAGCCUUUUCUCUGCAUUUUCAAAUGUUGACCCAGAGAUCCUCUACUUCUCCCUAUGAACUUCCAUUCCCUUUGUUCUACAUCCCUUGCAUCUCCCUCAUCUCUCUUUCCUCUCAUCCCUCCACUCCUCCGUCGACCCGUGUCUCUCCCCCACAAAAUCUCAAAACCAAAAGUCCUCUACCCCUAAAAGUUACUUGGUUUGCCAUUGGAUUGCUACAACUGUGUUUUACUCCAACAACUCAUUCUCAGAUGUAACACUUCGAUCUGCACUUGUGGGCUCUGUAAAUCAAUGGUCAAUUUUGACUACUACUUGAUAGAUCGCUUGAGUAUGAUGCAUGGUGGCUUGCUCCCCCACAUCCACACUCUACAGAUCUCCUCUCUUGGUUCUCCUAGACCUCCCUCUUGUUGUGGCAGGGCGGCGUAUCUGGUGGUGAUGACGGCUGGCUUAGUUUAGGGUUAGAUUUUAGAGUUUUGGUAAUUU